CCUCUUAUAAACAUGUAACAGAAACUUAAAACUUACUCACUAGAGUCCUACUGCCUGUCUAUAGUUACACAAUGGCAAUGCAUCAUUAUCUUUGUACACGAACAACUACGUCCUGUAGCCGAAUAUACAUGACUCAGUCGCCCUCAGAAAACCAGAAAGACAGAAUCCAAUUUGCUGCACUCGAAUCAGUUUUCAGGAGGCGGCUACUUACGGGGAUUGGCACAGCCUCUCUAGUAGCCUUGGGUGCAGAUUUUGCUGGAAGCACUAGUUUCCUACUAGGCUUAUCGCCUGAUGGUGCUCGGAGUCUUAGGCUUGAUGUAAUUUAUCCUAUCGGAGGUUACACCCGAUGCCUUGAUACAAAUGAAGGAUUUGAGUUUGUAUAUCCAUCAACUUGGGUGGGAGAUCAGACUGUAUUGUAUCGAGCAGCGGGAAAAAUAGAACGAUCACUGGAUCUACCACCACUGAGCAAUGGUGAUCGUAGGCGGAAAAAUGUAAAUGAGCCGGUUGUUGCAUUUGGUCCACCGGGGUCAAAUGGGGAACUCAAUGUUAGCGUCAUCGUCGCACAAGUUCCUAUUGAUUUCAUGAUAGAGACAUUUGGAGGACCAACGGAAGUAGGUGAAGCCAUAGUGCGGACUAUUACAGGAUCAGGCAAACGCCCUGAUUUGAAUGGGACACUGAUUCAAGCAAAUUUAAGAGAACAUUCAAAUCAAAAGUAUUACACAUUAGAAUUUCAAGUUGAGAGCCCAACAUUUCAGAGACACAAUGUUGCUGUUUGUUGUGCAAGGGGAGGAAAGUUAUUCACUUUGAAUUCUCAGGCUCCAGAAUCAAUCUGGCCAAAGGUGAAAGCAGAUUUCUAUAAAAUAGCUGAUUCUUUUAGCUUAAUAUCAUGACACUUUAUCCCAAGGCAGAAUGGAGAAGUCAUUGCCUAUGCUUCGAGGCAGUUAAAAAAUCAUGGGAAGGUUAACCCCACACAUGAUCUAAAGUUAGCCGUGGUAAUAUUUGCCUUGAAAUAUGGCGACAUUACUUAUAUGUUGAGAGCAUUAUAAGGUAUUCACGGAUCACAAGAGUCUCAGUGUUCAUAAAAAAUCUUAUGUCCGUCCGUAGUCUAGGAUGGGUAGGAGGUUGUUUGUGAUUGCAUCCAAUAGAUUCUCUUAUUAAUUUUGUGUAUUUUCCACAAUUUUUACUGUUGAGCCUUUGGGAGAAAUGAGAAAAGUGUAAUGAAGUUCACAGCAAAGAAGAAUUUCAUG